CAAUCCGAAGCCCAAACACAAAGAGGGUAGGAUCAGUGGUUUAGUUGAGCUGACACAUUUUUCCACAUCUCGGCGUGGAGAGUGGAGAGUGUGGGGAGGUUUUCCCGCCAAAAUCCGUGCAGAUUUAUUUUCAAAAUCAGUCCGAAGGGAAGGAGAGGAGGCUUCUCCUGCACUUCUUCCCCCCCCUAUUCUAUCUUUCUUCCAUUUCAAUUUCACAGAGACAACAGAGACUGAGACGGCUCCAUAAUCACGAUUUUCCGCUUUGUUUUGGUUACAAUUGUAGCAAACCAAGGACUACAGCACUCACCAGUCGCCAGCUAGCUCUGUUCUCCAAUCUCCAUGUCUAAGAAACGGGGACUCUCUUUGGAGGAGAAGCGUGAGAAGAUGCUUCAGAUAUUUUACGAGUCGCAGGACUUCUUUCUUCUCAAGGAACUCGAGAAGCUCGGUCCUAAGAAAGGUGUAAUCACUCAGUCCGUGAAAGAUGUCAUCCAGAGUCUUGUGGACGACGACCUGGUUUUAAAAGACAAAAUAGGAACAUCGGUAUACUUUUGGAGCCUUCCUAGCAGUGCGGGAAAUCAGCUGAAGAAUGUAUCCGACAAACUUAAAUCUGAUUUGGAAAGCAGUAAUAAGCGGUACAAGGAGCUUGUUGAACAGUCUGCAGCCCUAAAGAAGGGGCGUGAAGAAUCAGAUGAACGAGAGGUAGCCUUGACUGAGCUGAAAGGUCUUCAAGCAAAGCACAACGAGCUGAAGGAGGAGUUGGCAAAAUAUGCAGAUAAUGAUCCAGCUGCCUUCGAAGCAAUGAGUUCAGCGCCUGCUCUAAGGAAGCUAUCGACGUCGCCCAUGCAGCUGCAAACAGAUGGACAGGUACUUUUACCUCCUUGUAAAAGAGACCUGAAUCUUGUUUGCUCUGAUCAUGAUCUUCUUAAUGUUUCUUCGUGCUUGAAAAUGGCAGACAAUAUCUUCACCUUGAGGCAAUGGUGUUCAAAGAACUUCCCCCAAGCGACAGAGCAACUCGAUAACCUGUUCAAGGAGGUGGGGGUAACGGAUGAAUUUGACUACUUGGAGCUUGCACCUGCUCUCCCUCUCAAUUCUGUUAGCGUCCCCAAGGCUGAAGGCACUCCCUAGACUAUCUGGUUCACAGGCUCAUCUUUGCAAACUGGUGUAGAGUUGGCAUUAAGUAAAACACAUAUAAGAUUAUAUAAAGCCAUAAAACAUAAUUUGAUAUUAUAAUUGAUUAUUGGGUUAAUAUUCUAGAUUGGUCAGAAGUUUAAACGUCAAUUUUGACUAAAAGACAUUUAUAACCAACUUUUCAAAUCAAUAGGU